UGAUAACCAUUUGCAGCGAAUGCAACAUGUAACAAAAGUUUAAUUUUCAUCAUAUGAAAAAGUAAUAUUUCGAUUUAAUUUUUAAAAACUAAAAUCGCAGUAACAAGUUACGGUUUUUUUAAAGUCAAAGGCGAGCAUCUACAGCAACCAGUGCAAAUAUUUCCAAUUCAACUGACAUCUGUGGAAGCAAAAAGGGAAGUUCCCAAAAAUGGAUGCCCUACAUUUGAGUAAUUCUCUAUCAACCGUUCAGGUUAUACCAAUUUUUCAUUACUUGAGCAUAGUUAGCGAUUUUCUAUUCCUCGAGAAUUAUCUACCAGAAGUAGAUCAGUACAAACCUAUUCCAGUGGUUAACGAACUUUAUCGUUAUUUCGAGGAGAAUCGUGCUAAUCAAAACAAGACGUUACUAUUAAUUCGAAAUUUACUAAAAGGCAGUGAUCUAUAUGGCGAGAAAGAAAAUGAAACACCUGACGAAAUAUUCAUUACAACAUUGUUUGACUACAUCAUCAGUUCUCUAGUGUUUGACAAAUACGGAAAUAUUUACGGUUUUCUAGCUGACAGUGUAAGUCAGGUAGAUAAUUUAAAAAUUAAUUCAGUUCUAGAGAGAAUAGAAAACAAUCUUAAGAUUGCAAUAUUCGAAAGUGAAUUUGGCGAUAUUUCGAUGCUCACCCCAUUAUCAGUGUCCCGAAUAUUUAGGGAAAUAAUUUUACCACUAUUUCCUCAACCUCGAAUUAAUAUGAAUGUACUGUCGUUUGAUUAUUUUUACGCACUAGCUGGAUCAACAUAUCUUCGACUUGGUAAUUUAAAUGAAACCUAUUAUUUAAAUUUUAAACAGUUUGAUUCGCAGACAACAACUAAUCGAAUUUCGUUUGACGAAUACGCGUCAAUAGGAUACAUAAUAGAAGAACUUUAUAACCAAAAAGUUGAUCUCGUAGCUUUAAAAACAUUUGCUCUUCCAGCAUUGUUCUACUAUGUUUCCAUAGAAAAUAAAAUUUAUAACGAAAAAAUAACAAACGUGAUAUUUAGUCCUCAACAUUGGGAGAAGGCGUACAGUGUUUUUUUCCAAUACCUCAAAAGUUCUUCCGAGGAAAUUGAAAGUCAAGUAGAAAAUGAUUACACCUAUAAAAUACAUCGAUCAUUUUCGAAUUUUAUUAGUCGGGCCAAAUAUGCGCAAUUAAUUUUGGAUUAUCGAUGCAGACAUUUAAAUGAUUAUCAACGAGAGUCAAAAAUCGAUAUUUAUAUCCACAAUGCGGAAUAUUAUAAAUGUAGAGGUGAUGAUUUUCUGCCAAACAUAAACGAUUGGUUCAUGGAGCAAAUUGAUGCCUUUGGUGAUCUGUACGAAAAAUACGAUUACGGAAUGAUGCAGGAAAUAUUUAACGAAUCAUCAAUAGAUCUUAGGGGCAUUGCAAUAAAUUUGAUAGUAACUAAUGACAAAGUGGAAAAUGAGGAUUUUAGCACAUCGCAACAUUUAUCGUACGAUUUACUUGAAUUUCAUAACAUUACUGCGAAUACCAUCGAGUAUUAUGCUAUUGUGCGGGAAAAUUACACAGUGACGCUAGUUAAAGAAUCCAAUGAUCCGGAAUAUUUCCAAAAAUUAAUAGGUCCCUCCAAAGAUAGGUUUACACACUCAUCGGAACGUAUUAUCCUAAAAAAUACCAAAGACAGUGCAGAAAAAUUUUGUCAAGAAAUAACAAAAUACAAAAAAGAGCGUUUUAUAUCCUACUUGAAUUAUUCUGACAAUAGUCCUAAAAAAAGUAAAUGGUGGAGAGAAUUCGGUUUCUCCUUCGUGCCCCUCUAUCCAUGUGUAUCGGACAUCAACGAUUAUGGCGAAUUGUCAACAAAAUUAUGCGAACAGGAAAAUAUUAAAUUUCUGACUAAAUAUCCCGAAGUCAUGUCAACAGAUCUCAUAAGCAAUUCUACAAAAAUUAUGCUUUCUUCGUUUGGUACAAGUAUUGAAUCCAUAUUCUUAAAGAAUUACCUAGCCUCCACUGUUAGAUCGCAAAAAGAAUUAAAACCCAUAACAACAAUAAAAUUUGAAAAACCAACUGAUGAAUUUUAUGAAAACUUAUCAUUGCAACUAGAAGAACCAAAGUACGAGAUUAUGUGGUUUUCCGAAGAUAAAAUAAGAUUUAUGAUAGAAAUUAUCGAUUACUUGACGUUGAGAAUUCAAAAAUCUUUUAAGUACGCCAAGAAUGCUCUUUAUAAAUUAUUACUGCUAAAAGGCACAUUUGUUAUCAAUAUUAAUGAUAAUGCAACUACUGGUAAAUUAAGUGAGCCUAUAUUUAUCAGAAGUUGGAAUGGUGUCACUGGUUAUGGAUACAAAUUUGCCCUUGUUGACGAUUACCACCAGCAGACAUCAUCAGCGUCAUUAAUAAGUGCUUACGGAUUUAAUGAAGUUCCCAAUUCUAUCAUACUUCUUCCAAAUUCAUUAUCAAGGAAAAUUGAGAUUAAAUUUAUAAAUAAGCAGAUUAAAUGUAACGCUGAUAAGCUAAUAUGUUCUAACCCGUCAACAAAUGCGAUUCAAAUUACAUUUCAAGGGAUUUGGAGUUCACACAAUGACGAUAACUGUACUACUGAUAUAGAUUUACAAGAAAAAUUGAAUUCUAGCAUUUGCUUAAGACAGAAGAAUUACAUUCAAAAGUUGAACGAUGAUGAGACAGUAUUAAAAGAUGUAUUAAAUAAUACAAAUGAAGAUCCGAUGCUUGAAGCUGAAAUACGGUCAAUAUUGAAAUGGUACGCAUUUCCAAAUAAAACAGCAUCAAUAUUUUUAUUUAAUUGGAUAAAAGAUAAACAGUUUGCAAAAUCAGUUUGGAGUCAGAUCUAUAUUCUUGACAAAACGGGUGUAUUGAAUCUCUUACUUUAUAAUAAAACCUUAGAUAACAGAUUUAUGACGAAAUUGGAAGCGGAAUCCAAAAUCAAUGCCACUUACACUUUUAGAGAACGAUCCAAAAUUGAAGAGGGAGAAAGCUUAGAAAAUAUACUGAAAAAUUAUCAACUUCGAAAAGAAGACUACUUUGUAACAUUUGAUGAUUAUUAUGCGAUAAGAAAUUUCAUCACAAUCGGAUACGAGAGAAUAAUGAGCGAUACCCAUGAGGCAAAAUUAAUGAAACUUGCUUUAUACAGAUUAGCACUAAGGCAGUCGAAUGAUUUUGAUGAGAAGAAUGAAAUGAAAUUGUACAUUUUUGAAUCAGUACGUGAAGAUGUUUUUCGAAAGAAAUUCAGGAAUUGGGGUAAAAAUUUUACAUCGCAAAAGUUUUUAAUUACAAUGGAUAGUGAAGAGGUUGCACUGAGAUUUGCUAAAAUUCCAUCAAUUGGAUUUAUCAACGUUUUGUAUGAAAUAAAUUUUCCCAGUUUUUAUUUGAGAGGAAUAGUUGAUGUUGAAGUUAAAAGGAACUUUAGAGAGAAGAGAAUUAUUAUUUUACCUGGUAAUAAAUUUCGUCUGAAUAUAAUUUUUUCAGUGUCCACUGUAAAAAUAGGUACAUAUUUUAAAGCUGUUUUAACUUCUAGAUCCAAGGGUGUUAGUAAGUACGGACUAUUUAAAAAUGUAAUGAGUCGAAUGGAAGAAAUCGGCCCAGUUGAAAUUUAGACUUUUUAAAUCUCUUUAUUUUUCAAAUUCUAAGACUUAGGGGAUAUAAAUAGAAGUCUUCAUUAUUAUAGCGUAACUAAUUAAUUAUUUGAUUAUAAUCUUGUUUUUUUCUGUUUCUUUAAUAUAAGUGCUUUGUGCGAAAGGGCGAUUUUCUUUUUGUAAGCCCCCGUUGAUUCUUAAAUAAAAUAAAUAAAAUUUAAAUUUA